AUGGCGUUCCACCGGGCCCUGGACUGGAACGAAGGCGAGGAAGAGGUCCACCGACUGACCGGCGUGGGUCGUCUGGUCGGCGACAAUCCUACAUCCUCGUUCCUUCAGCCUCGCGCAGCUCACAUGGCAGCUCGAUAUCCUUUGCUAGCACUCGGAACCAAGACCACAAACCCGACCACAGGAAGGGACGAGAUAUGGUGCACAGUGUGGGGCGGAAAGACGCCCUUCGCACAGCAGAUCGCACCCUCAGUAUUGGGCGUUCGGACAAUCGUUGACACCAAGUUCGACCCAGUAGUCGAAGCACUCUAUGGUGGCAAAGUGAAUGGCGAGGUGAUGCGAGCAGACGAGGAAUCAGGCGGCAGGCUCAUGGCAGGACUGAGCAUCAACCUCGAAGAACGUGGCCGCAUGAAGCUAGCCGGACGAGUCAUGGCCGGCGCCUGCGAGCAGCACACCAACGACGACUCUGACACCAGCUUUCCCGCCACCGGCGCUGGCGAAGCCCAACUUGUCCUCAAAAUAACCCAAUCCCUCGGCAACUGCCCCAAAUACCUCAACCGCAAAACCAUUACCCCAGCAAUCCCCAAUCCACAACUGCUCGAAUCUGGCGCCCUCCUCGGGCCCCAAUCCCUCGCCACAAUCGCUCAAGCCGACCUCUUCUUCCUCGCCUCCGCUCACAAGAACGAAGACAUGGACUGCAACCACCGCGGCGGCCCACCCGGCUUCCUACGCGCCGACCCCAAACCCAGUACCACUGCCAACGGCACCACCGCCACCACCCUGACCUGGCCCGAAUAUUCCGGCAACAAUCUCUACCAAUCCCUCGGCAACCUCUACACUUCUCCCGAAUGCGGCAUCUGCAUUCCAGACUUCACCACUGGCACCGUUCUGUACCUCAGCGGCACAGCCGAGAUCCUCAUUGGGGCCAAACUCGUGUCCUCUGUGCUCUCGCACUCCUCCUCGCGGUCCGCUUCACCGUCACCGCCUGCCGUCUUGUCGCCGAAGGCCUCCCCUUCCGCGGCGCCAACAUCCCUACAUCCAUCGACAAGCUCGAAGGCCGCUCCCCCUAUAACCCACGCGUCCGUGACAGCAACCCUCACCUCCAAAACCCCCCUGACCCCAACAAUAACCCGCUACCGCCUCUCCCUCUCCGACCCGAAAAUCCACGGCCCCUGGCUGCCCGGUCAGUUCGUGGCGCUCGACUUCUCUGAGGAGUUGGACAUGGGGUACAGCCAUAUGCGGGACGAUGAUCCAUUGAGUUUGAAUGAUGAUUAUAUUAGGAAUUUCACGGUGAGUAGUGUGCCGGGGGCGUUGGGGGUGCAUGGGGAGGAGUUUGAGGUUACUGUCAGGAAGGUUGGGCGCGUUACUGCUUGGAUGGCUUCGCCUUUGCAGAGGGUUGGGCAGGUUGAGAUUGGUGUGAAGGGGUUCGGUGGAGAGUUCAAGUUCGACUUCGGCACAGACGAGAAAAAGACAGUAGGCUUCAUCGCCGCGGGCAUCGGCAUCACGCCCUUACUCGGCCAGUUUGGGACGCUGCUAGACAAGAAGUCUGGCGAUGACGAUGCACACCUGAUCGACCGCACCACAACGAUGUGGUCCCUCGGCGUACGCGACGUAAACCUCCUCUUAACCCUCUUGAAGGAGCACCCAGCGCUGCUGACGCACGGCAACCUGCAUGUCUUCCUCAGCGGCGACGAAUCCACUGCGCUCAAGUCAGACAGCAAAGCACGGGAGGCAUUGUACAAAGUCCUGGAUCUAGCCAACGAGGCGGAGAACUCGCCGUCCGGGUUGAAGGUGUUCAGACGGCGUAUCGCUAAGGAGGAUCUGUCAGAGGCGGACAAGGGUGUGGAUGAGUGGUACCUGUGCACGGCACCGGCGAUGCGCGAAGAAGUGCAAAGUUGGCUGCCGCAAAGGGCGAUCGUGUUUGAGAAUUUCAACUACUGA